AUGUUAAGGACUUCAAUUUUUACAAUCUGUUUUGCUCUCGUUUGGAGCACGGUUGCUAGCUCAACAGCACCAGCCGCAUCAACUCCAAGCAUUGCUAGCGCACAGGAUGUUGUAAAUGAGUACAACAAUGUGCUGGCUAAGAACUAUAAACUGGAUACCUCAAAUCGCCCUAACUCCAGACAAAAUAUUCGAAAGCUGAAUUGCGGCACUGGCACCAACCGUCUGCGCGAACGUAUGGGUUAUCCCGACACAGUCGAAGUUUGGGAUUGGAAUACUCUCGCUAGCAUCACACAAAUAGAUAUUGUGAAUCACUAUACUACCGAUGUCGGCCCCGAGAUCAACACAGGUCCUAACGACUCGACUAUCAAAGCCAUAAUGUCUACUGCAGUAGCGCAGGCGUCCACUGAAGGAUGGGUUAUUGGAGGGACAGCUUCUUUGACACUAGGAAGCAAAGACUUGCCAUCCGGGACUGUGACUUUCUCAGCGCAGCAUACAUCUACUUCUACAACAACAAUAACGGAGACAGAAACAGUUGAAUACGAUGCAACCUGUCCAGCAGGCUAUACCUGUUCAAUCGAGACCGUAACUUUCGUCGCUAAUAUCGUUGGCACUUGUUAUAAUCAAACGUGGUUUGAUUUCAGUGGAUACAAUGUUGGCACUGAUGUGCAACUCUGCAGUUUGCUCAACGAUAAGGACGGAGGCGCUGGAGAUUGUCCCGUACUUAGCACACUCUACGAUCAUGUUUGUACCCAUGGCGUCGGGACUUCUCAACCGAAUAUUCCAUGCGAGGUCAGCACUCCUAUCUGGAAUGAGAGUGGUAACCUAUUAAGUGUUGUGGUUGUGACAACCCAGAAAAACUAGCGCAGGAUUCAUUACUGCACGUCAUAUGUGCGACGAUCAACUCUUCAUAGCACCUAUUCUAUUCAC